UGAAAGUCGGAAAUUCCCAUAGAGCUACAGCAAAUCCACACGCGCGGGAAAAAUCACCUUGUUGUUUGAUCAGGUUUGAUCGUAGAUAAUUAUUAGUGAAAUGUCUGGACCUACUACUAACAGUACGCCUAGCGCUGAUGUUGGUAGUCCAAUUUGGAAAGAACACCGUAAGGAUAUAUUGCUAAUAUCGGCCAUUACAACCAUGAUUACAGGCAUUGCAGGAAUUUUAUUUUAUAUAGCUUUUACAAUUUGUGAUAAAAUUGAAGAAAGAAAUGAAGAAAGCCAACAAGUUGAUGGCAGUCCAAACACAACAACAAACAAAAGUUGGUUUCAAAAGCACAAAUGUUCAGUAUUGCCAGCAGUGAUAGCAUUUUUUGUUACAGUUUGUAUAUUAUUUCUUAUGGCAUGGUGUUGCAUAAGAAGAGGUUAUAAUCAAGUUGCAAAUUUAGUACUGUCCUGUCCUCGUCGUGUACAAGAGAGAAUCGUGGUUGAGCUUGGAAAUGCUUGUUGUAAUCAAGUUUUAGGCAAUGAUAGAGAUGCUGCUGAUCAGGGUGAACUACAACCUUUAGAUGCCCAGGGAGAAGAGGACAAUGACAUCACAAGAAGUGGAAGAAAUACAAAUGAAGAAAACAUUACUAUUUCAAGUCAGACUGAUACUAAUCUUGUCUCAUAUAUACUCUCAGAAAUCACCAGAAGUGGAAGAAAUACAAAUGAAGAGAACAUUACUAAUUCAAGUCAGACUGAUACUAAUCUUGAUAAUGAAGAUGUAUCCGGUAGAACAUGGUGGAACACCUUUUUUUUGCGGGGAACUCUAUUUUGUAUUUCUAUCUCAGAAAUCACCAGAAGUGGAAGAAAUACAAAUGAAGAGAACAUUACUAUUUCAAGUCAGACUGAUACUAAUCUUGAUAAUCAAGAUGUAUCCACAGAAGCUGUUGGCAGUCAAGAAGAAGGGUCAAGAAGGGUACGGACAAUUUCUUCAGAAAGUCAACCUUACAUUGAAGAAGGAAAUGUAAAUGGAACGUUAAUGGCAGUUUCUGGAAGUUCGCAUCAGGGAGGUGAAGGAGACACUCGUGGUAACGUGAAUUCUCACAUCACAAGAAGUGGAAGAAAUUCAAAUGAAGAAAACAUUACUUUUUCAAGUCAGACUGAUACUAAUCUUGAUAAUCCAGAUGUAUCCACAGAAGCUGUUGUCAGUCAAGAAGAAGGGUCAAGAAGGGUACGGACAAUUUCUUCAGAAAGUCUUGAACCUUGCAUUGAAGAAGGAAAUGUAAAUGGAACGUUAAUGGCAGUUUCUGGAAGUUCGCAUCAGGGAGGUGAAGGAGACACGCUUGGUAACGUGAAUUCUCAUAAUCAAGAUGUAUCCACAGCAGCUGUUGGCAGUCAAGAAGAAGGGUCAAGAAGGGUACGGACAAUUUCUUCAGAAAGUCAACCUUACAUUGAAGAAGGAAAUGUAAAUGGAACGUUAAUGGCAGUUUCUGGAAGUUCGCAUCAGGGAGGUGAAGGAGACACGCUUGGUAACGUGAAUUCUCACAAUGUGAAUGAAACAAGGAAUGUCAUAUCUGACCAGGAAGGUGAAGGAGACAAUGGUAAUGUGGAAUCUCGUUUUACCUACGACUUCUUCAUUAUAAGUAACAAUGAAAACUGGAAAAAGAACACAUUAAAAAAGCUGGAGGAAAGAAAGAAAAGAAAUGGAAAAAAUAUGCAAGGAUUCUAUGAUAAGCGAGACAUCAGGCCUGGUGAAAUUCGGCAAACUGCUGUUAUUAAUGCACUAAAAAAGAGUAAAGCAUGCGUGAUUGGAUAUAUGAAGGUAGACAUAACAGACCAUCCAUUGUAUAUUACAGUAAUGCAACAAGAGCUUUUGCUAGAACAAAAAGAAUACCGUAGAGGAAGACUCAUUCCUGUUAAAACGGAAAAGGAUUCUGUGAUUCCAGAUGAAAUUGGUAAUGUAUUUCAAGUAUAUGAUGGUUGGGAAAGUGAUGCAGUUGACAUUUUAUAUAAAGCUAUUGAGAGUAUUUCAGAUUUUUUUUCAUUUUGAUUAGUGCCCUUUUGAAUUUUCUGUUGGUGAAAUGUUCAUUAACAACAUGGCAAAACUAUUGUCAUUGGCCUGGCCAAUAUCCAAAGGUUAGGGCUCAGCAGAACUGUUUCAACAAUACUUAUCAAAUCACCUAUUUUUAUGUGUGGCAAGAGAAUGGAGAAACAUCCUUCUCAGUGGCAGAUUCAAAAGGGGUGGGGGAGGGGCCAGCUGGCCUAGGGCCCCCUAAAUUUUUCAUUAUUUAAAAAUAAAUUAUUUCGCCAGGAUCUCACCCAUCCCCAGUUGGCAAAUUCUGGCAAAACCACAGCUAUAUUCUAGAAUGUCACUGUGCUGUUUAAUAUUCAAAUUUAGUUAACAAAAACUAUUCCAUGUUGGCAUGAUUAUCUAAGUUCCCAAGAGUGUUAGUACCAUAUCUGUAAUAAAUGUUUUUUUUUUUUUUUUCUAGUUGCAUUUGAAUAUGUUUAUCUUGUCGGACCAUCCUAACAAACCUUUCUUGAGUUUAACUUAAAAAACCAUUCCAUGUAGGCAUGUUUACUUUCACUGUAGUAUCCAGUCGACUGUAUAUUAUUAAUACAGUAUAAAUAUUUUUCCUUUUAUUCAAAAAUAUUGCAUCGUUAUAAUGUAGGGUAGGACAUCUAAUGCCAAUCGACAGUACUUUUGUGAGACAAAUGAUAAUAAAGGGGCAGUACAGUAGUAAAGCAUUCCGAUUUAAUAAAUUUGUAUGAGAUUCUUGUCCGUUUGGGCCAUCCUGAUUUCCUGGAGACUUUGGACAGGACCCCUUUUAACUCUGGUUAAAAGUGUGAUGCGAAACACCCUCUCAAAACAGUGUUGAAUUAAAAACAGAAAUCAUUCCAUGUACGCAUGUUUACAAGUUCUCAAGUGUUUAUAACUAUAAUACUACAAAUGUUUUUUAACUUGUAAACAAUUGAACAUGUUCAUCUUGUGGUGGACCAUCCUCACCAAACAUUCUUGAAUUUAACUUAGAAAACAUUCCAUGUAAGCAUGUUUACUUAAGUCCAAAGAGUUAGUAACUGUUAUAAAAUUAAUGAUUAUCUCACAAGACAAUUUAACUCAGAAACAAUUUGUUGGUUUACAUUCAUAAAUAAUUUCAUGUCAACAAGUUAAGGCUUUAGAGCAGGAUUCCUUAUUUUAAUUAUACAGUAUUUUUGACCAGUAACUGUAUUCUUUUAUUUUUGUACUGCAUUUAUACUCUCAUGUUAAAUAUUUUUAGUGCUUUAAAAUAUUCAUAAUUGUACAAUUAUAUUCCCGAUAUUAUCUAAUAUUAUGAAUAUUUUUAUUUUUUAGUGUCACUUUAUUCAGAAUUUCUAAAAUGCUGCUUAAAGUGUUUUAAUAAUAUAUCUUAAUACUUUUUACUGUAUUUUAAUAAUGUAUUUAUUGUAUAUUAUAUUGUUUUAAUAAAAUCCCUUAACCCUUUCAAGCUGGACCUUUUUAGGAAGAAGGUUAUUUUUAAAUAAAUGCCAAAAAAAAGACGAAAAGAGGUUAUUUCGAAAUUGUUUUUGUUUGUUGGGGUUGGAAAAAGUUUGGCCUAUGGGAAAAAAUUGAAAUUUUUAAUUAGGUGGCAUUGUGACCUUGGGGUGGCCAUAUUGGAAAUCCCUAUUUUCAUAAAUUUGUAAAAAAAGAUAGAAAUUCUUAUGGGAUGCUGUUUUUUUUUCACUGGAUAAUGGUGAAGAUACAUAAAAUGAAUAAAAAAAAAUCAAUAGUUUGAUUUAUUUUCAUCAUUUUAUUCUAAAACAGACAAAAAUCCAUGUUUGUCGGCAGAAUCGUGAAAAAAAAAUUCCAAAAAAUCGCUGCAAGAUGAGUUUUUCGCAACAAUUAGUCAUUAACUCCAUAUAAUUCAGUAGAAAUCACCUCCAGUUCAUAGAAACAACUAUAGAUGGCGCCUGCAGUACAGGAACAAUUUUAAAAAGAAUUAUUUUCAUUCCCCCGGUACUAUCAUGCCCUCGGUAGUACCGGGGGAAAGCAGCAAAAGGGUUAAUGUGCUUUACUAUAUUUUAAUGUUUUAAUAAUAUAUCAUUUUAAUGUUUUUUACUGUUUGGAACAUAGCUUCAAAGCACAUUUCUGUUAUAUUUAUUUAUAGUAGACUGAAGAAAUUGAAUUGAAUUGCUGCAAUGUAUAGAAUUUGAAAUUCAUAUUAACUACUUGUACAUUGUGCAGUGUGCUUUAUGCGAUACACAAAUAUUGAUUUAAAGUGAAGUGGAUAUUGUGGUUUUGUGUUACAAAUCAGUUAAAUGCUUGAAAAACACAUAAUAGUUUGGUUAGUCUUAGAAUAGUUUAUGGCUAUGUUCACACACGGUUAGCAGGAUCCAGACAAAUAACAUGCACUCACCCGAACUAUCAUACUCUGUUAUUUAAAAAAACUGUACUGGUGAAACUGCUACCAAUGUUGGUUGGUAUAAUUUCAUUGAGAGAAACUUGUAUGGCCUCUAUUCACAUUUUAAUGACAAAUUCACUCUGUUUUUAGGAAUUUUAAGUAAAUUAUAAAAUUUUUAUGGAUGUGUGAGAUAAUAAAAUGUAGGCAUAAGACGUAAAAAGUGGGUGCUUGCUCAUGCGCGAGACUCAUGCAUUAUGCAUGUGCAUGUCCAUACACUGGACAGUGUUAAGAAACAAUAUUAAUGAGGCUGGAUGAAAAGAUCAACUACGUUGUAUGUGAUGUAUCUUAAAUUGUAAUCAAUCUUGUUUCUAAUAUUUAGUAGAUCCAGAUGAUUUUUUUCUCAAUUAAAUUGUAAUGA